GUCAAAUUUCCAUUCUUCAAUUCGUGUCAAAAACAACAAUAAUGUCUCUACAUGGGAAGAUGCUGGAAGCAAUUGGCGAGGAUGGGAUUAACUACACUUGGUAUAGACGUCCAUAUACCCGUCGAGUAGCAACACAAAGUCAGCAGCAACAACAGCAACAUUCUACAAGUCAAGAGGGAGGAGGAACGCUGAAUAUGGAAAUGCUAGAUCCACAGAAAACUCAGCUUUCUGAGUUGGGUGAAAAUAUUUUGGCUUACUGCUUCCAAUGUCUGUCCAUAAAUGACAGAUUCAAUAUGGAACAUGUCUCUCGUCUAUUCCGUUCAGCAUCCAAAAAGAGUUGGGUUUCGCAAAGUCAUGUUGUGGUUGUGCCAGAGGCUGUUGUGAAGGAUGGCAGUUAUUCUAUUGAUGGUCGUAGGCUUUUCCGUCUUUUGAUGAAACGCUGUGCUCGUUAUACUUUGGAGUUAACUAUUCAUGCAAUGGCAUCGGACGAUCGAGUGUUUCGCCUCUUAAAUCUUUCCUACAGAGUUGAUCAUCUGUGCAUUGAUUCUUUAAAUCCAUUGUGUGGUCCUGAAAUUAUGGAAAUUGGUUAUCGUUUGCCUUCGCUCAAAACGUUAAUUAUCAGAAACUGCCGAAUUGUGAAACACUUCAUUCUUGUUCGUCAGUUCAAUGAAAUGUUGGAAAAACUUCAACAACUUAAAAUACUUGCAAUUGCUGACAAUAUCAACCUUAGAUGCGAGCUCAUACAAGUGCCUCGGAGUCUUCGAAUUUUUUGUUUGCGUGAUUUCCGAGUGAAUGAGCAUGUCGGAGCACUUAUGCGAAAUGUUCGUCAACGAGCACCAGGAAUUACUGUUCUUUCUGUACAAAGUACAGGAUGGGAUGUUGUCAAUCAAGCACUUGCAUAUGAACAUAUAACUGUUCUUUCUAUUCCUUUUUCUCAUGUUUCUCCAGAAGACGUUGUUCCAGAUGAUAUGUUUCCACCGAAUUAUUUGAAUCAAUUAACGGCACUUGAUUUGGGAUUGGUUAGUCAAAUUUUCAUCAUUAUGCGUUUUCUUCCCGAAAUGUUUCCUUGUUUGGAACAUUUAAGCUUUUCUUGUGUUGAAGAUCCAAAUACACAAUUUCACAAACAUUUUAACCAAAUUCUUCCAUUUCCUUCUUUGCGUUCAUUUUGUUUGGGUAUUUAUCAAUCGCCAAUAACUUUUGAACGAGAACAACUCCACAGAUGUACACAUAAUUAUCCUUUAAUCUUCCAUGCUGAAUAUAUGGCUUUUGUUCGCAAGUUGUUUGAGCAAGGAAAGUUGGAGCAUCUUCAAUUAAACUUUCCUCUUUCGGCGGAUAUUGCAAUUGAUGUAUUCAAAUCUUGCCCUAAUCUUCGUUCUCUUUAUUUCCACAAUCGUUUUGGAAGUAUUUCAAAAAAUAUUCAACAUGGAGAUUAUUUUUUUGCUGAACAAUUUAUUCAAAAAUUCAAAAGAUUUGUUAGCAAACGAAAAAUUCCUCCACCUAAUAAAGAAUCCAAAAAAGUUAGAAUGCUGGGAAAACUGUUUGCUGCCACGGAAUUUGAAGAUGGAAAUGCUUGGAUUUUAUGUCAAGAGUAUCCAAUGUCAAGUCAUGUUUUGGUUGAAUUAUUUGUUAAGGAACUUGGAGAGGGAAAUAAUAUUUGUCCUCCUACACAGCUCUUCAAUAUUGUGAGAGGCUAA